AUGGACUCCAAGGACACGCAAAAGUUGCUUAAGGAGCACCGAAUCCCCUGCAUCGACGUUGGAUGGUUGGUCAGGCCCAGUGCCUCCACCAGCAAGAGCUCCAGACCAGGGAAAUCCGAGUCCAAGGCCAACAGUGUGGCUCCUGACAUCCAGAUGGACACUGCUCGCCCGCCCGUUUUCGAAACGUCUGUAGACUCUUCCAGCAGCAUUCUUUCUUCAAACGAUAAGGGACGCCGUCACUCCGUAGCUGCGAGCUUGCUAAUGGAUAAUCAGCGUGCUAACGCUGGGUCUACAUCCGUUCCCACAAACAUUCCUCCCCCUAGGGGUAGGUCGAAGUCAGUGGUGGAGACUAACCUGUCUAACGUUGAGGCUGACUCCGGACAUCAUCACCACCACCGCCACCACCAUCACACGGAAGAUGCUCCUGCACCUAAGAAGGUCGGAUUCUUUAAGAGUCUGUUUGGCCAUAGGAAGAAGGAUCAGGAACAACAGGAGAAGGAACGAGAAAGGAAAGAGCGCUCACCCUCUCCGACUCACGUGGACCGUGGCGCGGCCAUAAGAAGAGAAAGAACGGCUACCAUAUCUGCGGAAUCACCACCGCCUUUGCAGUACAAUGCUCCACCCUCUUAUAACGAUACUGUGGUACCGUUAACAAGAUCCAAGACGGAAUCAGAAGUGUAUUACGAAAAUCAUCCGCAAAGCUACUACCAUGGCCGUAUGCGCACAUACCACUCACCAGAAGAGGGUAAAGUCGACGGAACUUCCCCCGCAGACGAUCAUAACUAUGGCGGCUCUCGACCUGAUCCUAGAUUAAUGGAUUUCUUGCGCUACUACAAAUCUAAGGAUUACAAAUUAGCCGCCUUCAAAGAAGGGAACUUUAUUAAGUCAUCUGCGUCUCCCACAACCAAGAAAAAUAGACGCGCUUCGUUCUCAUUACAUAACGACAAACCACAACCUGCCAAAUCACUUGCUCACCAGAAAUUUGACGCUAAGGGAAGACCCAUUCCGCCGCAUCCCGACGCACCCAAAUUGCCUUCCGCCUUCAGGAAGAAGCAUCCAAGCAACGCAUCGAUAGUAGACACAGUGGAUUCCAAUUCGGACGUUUCCUCGUCAGCGCAGAAUAAUAAUCAGACACCUUCUUCUCAUAAAUUCGGCGCCUUUUUAAGGAAAGUUACCUCUUAUGGGAACAACAACAACAACAGCACCAAUGCCUCCUCCCUUUCUGCAAACGUCAAUAAUCCAGACACCUCAUCGACGUCCCUAUGGUCUUCUAGUUCAAUGGAGUUCGACCCUUCAAAGAUAACCACCGUCCCCGGCCUCGAGAAUAUACGGCCCUUGAAACACGUCUCCUUUGCUACGAACACCUAUUUCAACGAUCCUCCACAACAAAUAUGCAGUAAAAACCCUCGUAAAGGUGAAGUGGAAGUGAAGCCUAAUGGAUCUGUUGUCAUUCAUAGGUUGACUCCGCAAGAACGCAAAAAAAUCAUGGAAUCGACUAGUUUGGGUGUUGUCGUUGGGGGGACCGGGCAAUUAAAACUAUUAAAUCCCGAGGAAGACGACGCAAAUGCCAAGAGUAAAGAGGAGAUGGCCCCUCAAAAGCAGAACGAAGUGGAGGCACACGACGAGGAGGAUAACAAUUCUCAAAGGAGAAACAUCGUUAUGGCCGCUGCAGAAGCUGCUGCAGAGGCCAGAGCCAAAGAGGCACCUAACGAAUUGAAACGUAUCGUGACCAACAAUGAAGAAGAAGUCACUGUCAGUAAGACCGCCAGCCAUUUGACCAUCGAUAAGCCAAUGAUUUCAAGAAGGGGUGCUUCCACAUCCUCUUUGGCCUCCAUGGUGUCCAGUGAUACCAACGGUACGAACGCAGAUGAUGAAGGAGAAAUUCUUCCCCCACCUUCUUUGAAGAUACCUCACGACAUUGUGUAUACCCGUUGUUGUCACUUGCGAGAAAUUCUGCCCAUACCAGCCACAUUGAAGCAAUUGAAAAAGGGCUCGACGGACCCUAUCCCCAUCUUACAGUUACGUAACCCAAGACCUUCUAUGGUGGAAAUUUGGUCGUUCAGCGAUUUCUUGAGCAUUGCUCCCGUUUUAUGUCUUUCGUUGGACGGUGUACAAUUAACCGUGCAAAUGCUUAGAAUAAUUUUGAGUUCGCUGGUUUACAAACAGCAUUUCCAAAAACUUUCUCUAAGAAACACCCCCUUGGAUGAAGAAGGAUGGAAAGUUCUGUGUUAUUUUGUCUCCAAGGCCAAGUCUCUGCACUCUAUUGAUUUGACAAUGGUCCCUUCCAUCAAGACAAAUGUACAAAAGCCUUCUAAAUCUUCUUUGAAGUCAAAAAUUCUGAGAAUGCAAUGCAACUUGGAAAAUAGAUCCGACAUGAACUGGGACCUUUUGACAGCUUCUAUUGCCCUCAUGGGCGGUUUGGAGGAAAUUGUCAUUUCCGGGGCCAAGAUGAAUUCUGCACAAUUCAAAAACUUCAUCCUCGUUGCUUGUAUAGCAACCGAGAGAUUGGGCCUCGCGUAUAAUGGAUUAUCUAAGAGCCAAUGUGAUGAUUUGGCCAAGUGGAUGGUUCAAUCAAAAGUGACAGGUCUAGACGUUGGUUUUAACGAUUUGAAUGGCAAACUUUCCUCUUUCACCGAUGCUGUUUUAGGCAAAAUACAAAAAGCUAACGAGAAAAACGUCUUCAAAUUUUUAUCUCUAAAUGGGACAAAUUUGAGAGUGAACGAACACGACACUUUUGAGAAUAACGAGGUCUUAAAACUGAUAAGCGUUUUAUGUUAUUUGGAAAAUUUAAAAUUCUUGGAUAUAUCGAACAAUCCUGCCAUCUUCCCCCACUGUGUUCCGACGCUGAUUGAUUUUUUACCUGUUUUUGUUAAUCUUGUCCGUCUGCAUAUCGACUACAAUAAUUUAAGUUCCACGAGUGUAGUGAUGCUGGCCGAAAUAUUACCCAUGUGUUCAAGAUUGAAUUAUUUUUCCAUGUUAGGAACGGAAUUGGAUUUGGCAUCGUCUAAAGCUCUAGCAGAGGCGGUGAGGAAAAGUUCAUCUUUGAUGACUUUGGACGUGGACUAUGUGUAUAUGCCAGAGAACAUUAAGGAAAAAAUUUCAUUAUAUGCUUUAAGAAAUAUUCAAGGGGAGUUGAAAAGGGUUAAUAGUGACGAUAAAGAUAUCAAAGAUAGCCAAUUUUCAAGCCUACAGGACCAACUAUCACUUUUAUUAACUGAAAAAGCGGAUAAUUCCGAACAUUACAACAAAAUGGUUGAGAAUUUCAUGGCCAAAAUCGCGUUGGCACGUAUCAAGAUUAGUAAAGUGGUUCAUGAUCUUUUUGAUUUAAAACUGAAUGGACAAUUAAAUUUGGAAGGUAAGGAAGCUUUGAUUAGAUUAUGCUUCAUAGAGGCAAGUUUGGAAAGAGGCUGUGACCUGCUGAAACAAAGACAUAACAACACUUUGAAAUCACCAGAGGCCGUCUCAAAAAGUCGGAAAGGGGGAAAUCAAGCACAACCCAAUUCCGAAAGCUGUCAAAGAAUGUUACUAAGCUCAUCUAUAUUACAAAAUUCAGAUCAUAUUGCGCUUAUGCCAUUCGGUAGUGCAAUAGUCGAAAAGUCAAGCCCAGAUGCAGAAGAUGCCGUCGAAUUCAGAGAAGGUGACGACUCCAACGUAAAUCACGAAGACGUACCAGCAAAUGAUCAACAAUUUCGAGAUGAAGUUGAUAUCAAAAACAAAUACUCUAUCAUUAAAAGAGAACUAGAACACGAAAAGCUUGUCGGUGGUGGCGAUUUGCCAGUGGACAAAGAAAUCUUAAAUCGUGCCGCACAAUCCUUAGAUAGUGACCAGAUAAAGGAAUUUCUGUUGAAGAAUGACGUCUCUACUAUCCUUGGCGUCAUUGAUGAACUGCAUAGCCAAGGGUACCACUUGCAUCAUAUUUUCAAAAAACAGGGAAACCAAGAAGAGACCGCGUUCAGAACAAAGGAUGAACAACAGUCCUCCCAAUCCAAUGAUUCAAGUGCUAAUGCGUCCCCUACCACUGAUCCGAUAUCCACAGGCUCCAAUACUUCUAGAACGAACGAUAAUGCUCAUAUUCCUCCGACCGAUGCGCCUGGAUUUGAUAAAUUUAUGAACAAUGCAGAGGAAAAUGCCAUUGACGCUGCUUAUGAUGAUGUGCUAGACAAAAUCCAGGAUGCGCGGAACAGUAGUACUAAAUAA